GGAGACAACAUGAUCCCUCCAGCUCCUUCCAAAAUACUCAUUGGCAUCUCAUCAGACCUAGACGAUAGCAACGAGCUUCUUUCAUGGGCAAUUAGAGUUCUUGCUCAACCAAAUGACACCAUUGUUGCCAUAUAUGUUCUUGUUGGUGAGGAGUCAAAGAACAAACAAUCGCAGAUUCGACAAGCAAAGGCACAUGUUAUAUCUGUGCUUGGAGAGUUUGCCAGGACCUGCCAGUCUAAGCAGAUAGGUUUGGAGGCCAAAGUGGGAUUUAGUUCUAGUAUUGCUAGAGGUCUAAUCGAGGAAGCAAAAUCCAUUUCAGCUGAUUAUCUUCUUCUUCGUCACUUGAGAAACCAAUCAAAUAGAACUUGGCAUCGAGUUAUAAGGUUUUGUUUCGAGCAUGCCUCAGAAACCUGCACAGUACUUUCAUUAGGGAAAUGUGAAAGACGGCCGGAUUCGGCAACUACAAGAGAGACUCAUCAACCAAGUUCAAAGUGGUUGAGCAAGAACGAUGAUGGUAACACUCGUAGCGGCAGGACUUCCUCCUCUGUUGAAAAGCAUAUAAACUCAGAAACAAAGAGACUGAACUCUUCACCAAGAACUGUUUUAUAUGAAAUUGAAACAGAAUCUCACAGUACAGAAGAUGAUACCUUCAGUUUCGGAGGCUCAAGCACUACAGAGUCCCCUCCUCUGGCUACCAAUUUCAAUGGCCAAUCAAAGACAAAGAAGCAGACGUCUACCUGUAAACUUAUCUCCUCAAUUUUUGCUUCACCAAUGAGAAAAAUAAAUAGGAGUGUUUCCAACAAACAAAAGCAACAGUCUUUGUUAAAAUGCUUCACCUAUGAGGAAAUUGCCAAUGCCACAAACAACUUCCACCCAGACAAUAUAGUAGGUCGAGGAGGGUAUUCAGAAGUAUAUAGAGGUGAUCUUUCUGAUGGCAGAACUAUUGCGGUAAAGAUGCUAACCAAGGACAACAAGGAUGUUACUAAAGAGAAAGAGUUCCUGCUGGAAUUGGGAAUUAUUGGACAUGUCAGCCAUCCCAAUACUGCAAACUUACUUGGCUGCUGCAUUGAAAAUGGACUCUACCUGAUUUUCAAUUUCUCUCAGAAUGGAAAUUUGGCAUCUGCAUUGCACAGUAAAACAGGUGAGUCACUUCAGUGGCCAGUAAGACACAAGAUUGCCCUUGGAGUGGCUAGGGGUCUGCAUUAUCUCCACAAAUGCUGCAAGCACCGAAUAAUACAUCGUGACAUAAAAGCCUCUAAUGUUCUUCUAGGACCUGAUUAUGAGCCACAGAUAACUGAUUUUGGGCUUGCGAAAUGGCUUCCUAACAAGUGGACUCACCACGCUGUGAUUCCAAUUGAGGGUACAUUUGGAUACAUAGCACCGGAGUACUUCAUGCACGGAAUUGUGGAUGAGAAAACUGAUGUUUACGCAUUUGGAGUUCUUCUUUUGGAGAUCAUAACCGGCCGGAGGCCUGUGGACUCAUCGAAGCAAAACCUUCUUUUAUGGGCAAAGCCUCUGAUGGAAUCUGGAAACAUCAUGGAACUAGCAGAUCCGGAAUUGAAAGGAAAAUUUGAUCCAGACCAAAUGCAUAGAGUUGUGCUAACAGCUUCAUAUUGUGUGAGACAAUCCUCACCAUGGCGUCCAUCAAUGAGUGAGGUGUUAGAGCUUCUAACCGGCGGCCAUGACUCUGAAGUUGCAAGAAGCUGGAGGAUGCCAAAGUUUACAUCUGAUGAGUUGGAUGAUUACUCCGUGACUUUUGGAUAUGAUGUUGCAGUUGAUAUUGCUUCGGAGGAUUAUUUGUAAGCAGAUAAUCUUUUUGUUUCCCUUUUUAUUUAAUGUCUUAGGCUUUUUCCUGGCAUGAAAGGAAUAUAGUUCUUCAGACUACAAGUCUGUAACAGGCUAAAAAAACAGGUUUUUCUUCCAGUUCUAUGUAACUUAUGCGUUCCUAUAUACUUUGGGAUUAUUUUUUAGUGCUGUCAAGAGUGGAAAUGUUUCUUAACCUUUUUA